AUGGCUGAGGCCAUCUGUGCUGGAACUUUUGAUCUCACCAGGGACCGUCUCCCUGCUGGAUAUGUCACCUUUUGCGAGACUAAUGCUGAACACCCAGACCCGGCAUUUCGUUACCCACUACCAGAUGGAUCACGAACUAAACGCAGGAUAGAAACCAGCGCCACUACAACUCAUAUCAUCCUGGGCACGACAGUCUGCAGAGAGGGACGCAGCGAGAGCGCCACCAACCCCACUACUGCAGUUCGUAAGGAGCCUGGAACCCUGGACGAACUGCUCGACACAAUCAUCAAUGCUGAACCUGUUCCCACAGGUGGUGAUGCUAGCACUGGUCUCAGUCCGGGUACGAAAUUCAUCAUUAUCCUACUGCUCUAUCUCAUCCUCACGAACUCGAUCUUAGUCGUCUCGAGUGUGACCAUUUGA